AUGCCUCUUCGUGCCAAAAUGAAUAGCCGCGUGGUUAUUGUUACAGGUGGCGCUGAUGGCUUUGGGGCUGCUAUCGCGGACCGUUUCAGCCGCGAGGGAUGCAAGGUCAUAAUCCUGGACUUGAAUCAAGCGAAAGGUGAAAGCAAGCAACGAGCCGACCCAAAUAUAACUUUCCUCUCUGGUGAUGUGACACGCCCGGAGACAUGGAAAAAAGCCUUGGAUUUGGCACAGACAAACUACGGCAGGAUUGAUGUGGUGGUCAACAAUGCUGGAAUCACGCACGAUCCAUCUCCGAUUCACACGAAGAGUAUCCUUGAAUACGAGAAGACAUUCAACGUGAAUGUGAAACCGGUCUUUAUCAGUGCACAGGUAUUUGCACCCGUGAUGGUGCAACAAGGACAUGGGAUCUUUAUCAAUAUAACGAGCACUGGAUGCACACGCCCUCGCCCAGGAUUCGCAAUCUAUAAUGCCUCCAAAGCAGCUGUAGAAGUGGCAACUAAGACAAUGGCUCUUGAGUACGCCCCAGCUGUUCGAUUCAACUGUAUUUCCCCUGCUGUGGGGAACACCGCUAUGCUCCAAGCUAGCAUUGGGAACGGUGAAGAUUCCCGCCAGCGACUACGUCAAGUGGAAGACAUGUUACCAAUGAAACGAUUGUGCCAGCCAGUGGAUAUAGCCAAUGCAGCAUGGUAUUUGGGAUCGGAACAAAGUAGUUUUGUAACGGGAACGACCCUGGAGGUGGAUGGAGGUCGGGGCGUGUAA